AUGUCCCCCAAGUCGCGAUUCACUAGGCUCGAUGCCUUUACAAAGACGGUCGAUGAGGCACGCAUACGGACGACGAGUGGAGGAGUAGUCACUAUCGUGUCAUUGCUGGUGGUGCUGUUCCUGGCGUGGGGAGAAUGGGCAGACUACCGCAGGGUUGUGAUACACCCGGAGCUGGUGGUUGACAAGGGCAGAGGCGAGCGCAUGGAGAUCCACCUCAACAUGACAUUUCCGAAGAUGCCGUGUGAGCUCCUGACGCUCGACGUCAUGGAUGUGUCGGGUGAGCAGCAGCAUGGAGUCAAGCACGGAGUCAAGAAGGUGCGCCUGGAGCCGCUGUCUAAGGGCGGCAAAGUGAUUGAGAGCGACGCGCUGGCCCUGCACGAGGACACGGCAUCCCACCUGGACCCGGGGUACUGCGGCAACUGUUACGGUGCGGUGGCGCCGGCCAACGCCAUCAAGUCUGGGUGCUGCAACACGUGCGACGAGGUCAGGGAAGCGUACGCGCAGAAGUCGUGGGCUUUCGGCCGCGGCGAGAACGUCGAGCAGUGCCUGCGCGAGCACUACGCCGAGAAGCUGGACGCCCAGCGCGGCGAGGGUUGCCGUAUCGAGGGAACCAUCCAGGUCAACAAGGUCGUCGGUAACUUCCACCUGGCACCCGGACGCAGCUUCAGCAAUGGUCCCAUGCACAUCCAUGAUCUUCAGAACUACGCGCAGCCUCCCAAUGGCAUCAAGCACGACUUCACCCACACGAUUCACUACCUCCGCUUCGGCCCCCAGCUCCCCGACUCCAUCGUCGACAAGCUCUCCUUGGGUGGCAGGAACAGCCAGUGGAAUAACCACCACGUCAACCCGCUUGACGGCACCAGCCAGAAGACAACCGAACCCAACUUCAACUACAUGUACUUUGUCAAGAUCGUUCCCACCUCGUACCUGCCUCUCGGCUGGGAGGAGAAGGCCGCCAAGAUGGACCGCCAGUUUGGCGCCGACCUCGGAACCCUGGGUUACACGCCCGGCGGCAGCCUCGAGACACACCAGUACUCGGUCACUAGCCAUAAGAGGAGUCUAGCCGGUGGUGACGAUUCAGCCGAGGGACACGCUGAGCGUCUUCACUCCCGCGGCGGUAUCCCCGGCGUGUUCUUUUCCUAUGACAUUUCCCCUAUGAAGGUGAUAAAUCGCGAGGAGAAAAAUAAGACAUUCCUCAGCUUCCUCGCCGGUCUCUGCGCCAUUGUUGGAGGUACCCUUACGGUGGCCGCCGCCGUUGACAGGGGCCUAUUUGAGGGUACGAUUCGCAUCAACAAGAUGCGCUCCAAGACGCUGUGA